AUGGCUGAUCUCCGCUGGUCGGCCGUCCGGCAGCUGCUGCUGCUGCUGCUGGUGUUGCUGCUCGGCCCGGCCUCCGGUACCGGCUCCGCCCCGGUCGGUCCGGCCUCCGGUACCGGCUCCGCCCCGCCGGUCGGCCCGUCUGCUGGUACCGGCUCCGCCCCGGUCGGUCCGUGUGCUGGUACCGAUGCCGCCCCGGUCGGUCCGUCUGCUGGUACGGGCGCCCCGCUGGUCGGCCCGGUAGCCGCCGCCGUGCUGCAGCUGCUGCGGCCCGCCCGGCAGCCGCUGCGGGUACUCUCGUGCGGCGCCGGUCCGGUGCUGCCGGACCGGCUGCUGGCGGCUCUCCGCUGGCCGCAUGGUCUGCUGGUGACCGACUGCGGGCCGGGACCCUGUCCGGCCGGUCUGCCGGCCCGCUGGCUGUACUCGGAGGAGCCCGGGCCGCGCCUGCUGCUGCUGCAGGCGGCCGGCUGUCUGGACGACACGGGCCGCGCGCCGGCCGGCAUCUGGAGCCGCGGCCAGGCGCUGCACCUGUCCCCCGACUGCGGCCGCUCGCUGGGCCACCCGCUCUGGGCCGGGGUGGGCCGGCCCGUGUGUCUGGAGACGAUCCGCGGCGAGCUGGAGGUGGUGCAGCGCGGCGCCGACGGCCUGCUCCGCCGCUCGAGCGUCGGCGCCAGCCGUCACUGGCUGCUGGCCGAGGACGACCUCACCAACCUCACUCUGACUGUGGUGUACGAGAACUACAGCCCGUUCUUCGAGUGCGCGCAGGAGGUGGACGGCAGGUGCCUGCGGCCGGCGCCGCUGGCCGCCGCUGUGCUGCUCGAGGCCAUGUCGCGCCAGCUGGGUUUCCACCUGCGCUUCUACCGCAGCCCGGACGGCAACUGGGGCCACCCGGAGAACGGCACCUGGGUGGGCAUGGUGGGCGAGGUGGUGGCCGGCCGCGCCGAGCUCGCCGUCGGCGGCAUCUUCAUGACGCCGCUGCGCAAAACGGCGGCCGACUUCUGCCGGCCGCUGACGCUCACCUACCUGGAGAUCAUCAGCCGGCCGGUGCCGCUGCCGGUGCGCAGCGACUUCGCCGGCCUGCUCUCGCCGCCGGUCUGGGCGCUGAUCGGCGUCAGCCUGCUGGCCGUGACUGCCGUCCUGCUGGCGGUCCGGCUCCGCUCGGCGGCUGGUCGCGGCGCCGGCCGGCUGCAGCUCGGCUACCGUCAGCUGGAGGCCUGCUACCGGCUGCUGGUGGCCCAGGAGGCGCGCGCCGCCCGCUCGGCCGGCCCGCUGCUGCUGGCCGUCUGGCUGCUCAGCAGCAUCGUCCACCGCACCGCCUAUACGUCCAACAUGAUCUCGACGCUGUCGGCGCCGCCGGGCGCCUGGGCGCCGGAGUCGUUCGCCGACCUGGUGCGGCACGGCUACCGGCUGGUCACCCACCCGGGCUACGGCGCCUACCAGGCCUGGAUGGACGUCCAGAAUGGCUCGGUGGCCACCGCCCUGAAGCGCCGCUGGGUGCAGCAGGAUCACGUGGAGGCGUUCGCGCACCUGGUGGGCACCUGGGAGCGCGUGGCGCUGCUCGAGGAGACUCCCUCGGUGAUGAAUCUCAUCUUUGACGCGAUGCUGGCGUCGGACGGCGCCGUGACCGAGGACCUGGUGCACCGCGGCCGGGAGCGGCACAUGCCCUCGUUCGUGGCCUGGCCGGCGCAGAAGCACGCCCCGUACGUGCGCCGGUUGGACGAGCUGCUGCGGCGCGUGCAGCCGACUGGCCUGGUGCUGCGGCUGCUGCAGCAGGGCGAGGCGGCGCGUCGCGAGCGGGCAGAGCGGGCCGUGCGCCGCCGCUGCCGCCGGCUGCCCGACACGUGUCGCCGCCGCGCCGUGGUCGUGCUCGGCCUGGAGCACCUGAGCGCCGGCUUCCGGCUGCUGGGCUACGGCCUUCUGGCGGCCGUCGGCUGCCUCCUGCUCGAGCUGCUGGCGGCCGCCAAUACACGCCGCCGCUGCAGGGGAGCCCGCGCGGCGCCGACAUACCCAUUCUAG